AUGACAAACAGCUGAUUUCAGAUGAACAAAAAAAAUCACAGCAUAGGUUUUUGUACAAAUAGGAAAAUAGUAUAAUUUUUUUUGAUAAAAAUGGUGAUCGGUGCCUUUCCAGCAGCAAAACUUGGUAUUCUAGCAAUUAAACAAAUAAGUAAACCUGUUGCUAAUGUUAUAAAAGCCAACGCUAAGCAAAGUCCGACCUUUCGGAAAUAUAUUUGCAUGCCACCUGCACAGUUUUAUAAUUGGGUGGAAGUGAAAACAAAAAUGUGGGCUUUGAAUUUGGGCAGACCAGUUACAGUGCCACCAUUAAAUGAAGCUAUGGCUAUAGAAUUGGGUGCCAAUUUAUUAGGAGAAUUUAUAAUAUUUGCUAUAGGUGCCGGUUUAUUAAUAUUAGAAUAUGCACGACAGAGCAAAAAUGAGUACAAAAAACAAGAAACUCAGAAACAAGAUAGAGCAGCUUUAGUCACUCAAUUAUCGGAAAUGGGUUUCCGAUUAGAAAGACAAGAUGCACAAAUUCGAGAGUUAACCAGAGCACUAGCCGAUGUUGAUUCACGUUCCAUAUUUAAAUGGCAUAAAGAGGCCAUACCCGAAUAUAAAACAUUCGAUCCAAAUACUCCCGAUCAAACCUCUAGAGUGACAAAAAAUUUUCAAGGGCUUUAUAAUCCAGCUGAAGGAAAUUUAUUUAAAUCAUUAAAUUUUCUGGAAACGCAAAUAUUUGGUAAUAGACAAAAACACCAACAACAACAACAACAUCCUUUGCUGGAAAUGUCAAAUGUCACCGAUACGGAAUCAUCUACCGAAGUUGUAUAUACCAAUGAGAACUUAACAGUGCAACCAGAAUUAACGCCUAUCGAACAAAAUAGUGAAGUGAAUAUAACAUUGGAGCAGGAGAAAAACUGAUUGGAAAUGCAGAGCAAAGAACUGUUAAUCCUUAACAAUGAAAUUGUUAAACUGGAGUUUGCC